AUGAUUGUUUCAAGAUUAAAGGCCAUUUCCCUGUCAUUGCCAAGCCUUUUUCUUCUUGCUUUUCAUCUCUCAGCAUCACAGAAUGUACCUGAAUACACUGAAGCUGAACAUCAGGAAUGUGUUAGAAAAGAACACCCCACAAUUUCUUUUGAAGAUCUGAAGCCCUGGGUGUCGAAUUUCACCUAUCCAGGUGUGCAUGACUUUUCUCAGCUUGCACUGGAUGCCAACAGGAACCAGCUCAUUGUGGGAGCAAGGAACUACCUCUUCAGACUUAGUCUACACAACGUUUCUCUUAUUCAGGCAACAGCAUGGGGUUCAGAUGAAGACACCAGGAGGUCCUGUCAAAGUAAAGGGAAAACAGAGGAAGAGUGCCAGAACUAUGUCCGAGUGCUGAUUGUUUAUGGCAAGAAGGUUUUUACCUGUGGUACCAAUGCCUUUUCACCAGUGUGUUCCAGCCGACAGGUAGGAAAUCUCAGCAAAAUCAUUGACAGAAUUAAUGGAGUGGCUCGGUGCCCGUACGACCCUCGGCACAACUCAACAGCUGUGAUUACAUCACGAGGAGAACUCUAUGCUGCAACUGUGAUUGAUUUUUCUGGACGGGAUCCUGCUAUUUACCGCAGCCUUGGAAAUGUUCCUCCACUUAGGACAGCACAAUACAACUCCAAAUGGCUCAAUGAGCCUAACUUUAUUGCUGCCUAUGACAUCGGCUUGUUCACCUACUUCUUCUUCCGUGAGAACGCGGUGGAACAUGACUGUGGGAAAACAGUUUAUUCUCGUGUGGCAAGGGUUUGCAAAAAUGAUAUUGGAGGGAGAUUUUUGCUGGAGGACACGUGGACAACUUUCAUGAAGGCCAGACUGAACUGCUCCCGUGCUGGAGAAAUCCCUUUCUAUUACAAUGAAUUGCAAAGCACCUUCUACCUUCCUGAGCAAGAUCUGAUCUAUGGUGUCUUCACUACUAAUGUAAACAGCAUAGCUGCCUCAGCAGUGUGUGCCUUCAAUCUGAGUGCCAUUACUCAAGCAUUUAAUGGCCCCUUCCGUUACCAAGAAAACCCAAGAUCAGCCUGGCUGCCAACCUUAAACCCCAUCCCUAAUUUCCAGUGUGGGACACUGAACGAUGACAGCCCUAAUGAGAACCUGACGGAGAGAGUCCUGCAGGACGCACAGCGCUUGUUCCUGAUGAAUGAUGUGGUGCAGCCAGUGACUGUGGAUCCGUAUGUGACUCAGGACAGCAUUCGAUUUUCCAAACUGGUGGUUGAUAUUGUUCAGGGGAAGGAUACUCUCUACCAUGUCAUGUAUAUUGGAACAGAAUAUGGCACCAUCUUGAAGGCCCUUUCUACUACUAACAGGAGUCUGAGGAGUUGUUAUUUGGAGGAAAUGCAGAUCCUUCCUGAUGGACAACAGGAAGCAAUCAAGAGUCUCCAAAUCCUACACAGCGACAGGUCACUUUUUGUGGGUCUAAAUAAUGGAGUGCUAAAAAUUCCUUUGGAGAGAUGCUCCAUGUACAGAACAGAAGGGGAAUGCCUGGGAGCCAGAGACCCUUAUUGUGGCUGGGAUAGCAAGCAGAAGCGAUGCACCACCAUUGAGGACAGCUCCAACAUGAGCCUUUGGACCCAAAAUAUUACUGAGUGCCCAGUGAAAAAUCUGACAACAAAUGGAAGACUGGGGCCUUGGUCCCCAUGGCAACUGUGUGAGCAUUCAGAUGGGGACAGCACAGGCUCCUGUAUGUGUAGGUCACGUUCAUGUGAUAGUCCUCGUCCUCGCUGUGGAGGUCGCAGCUGUGAAGGGGCCAGGAUUGAGGUUGCAAACUGUUCAAGAAAUGGCGCUUGGACACCGUGGUCUUCCUGGGCCCCAUGCAGCACCUCCUGUGGGAUCGGCUUCCAGGUCCGGCAGCGAUCCUGCAGCAAUCCCGCACCACGGUACGGGGGCAGAGUCUGUGUUGGACAGAGCAGGGAGGAAAGAUUCUGUAAUGAAAACAGUCCAUGUCCAUUACCGAUUUUUUGGUCUUCAUGGGGACCUUGGAAUAAAUGUAGCGUGAAUUGUGGUGGAGGGAUUCAUUCAAGACAGAGGUCCUGUGAAAAUGGAAACACAUGUCCAGGCUGUGCUGUGGAAUAUAAGACCUGCAACCCGGAGAGCUGCCCAGAGGUGCGCAGGAACACACCCUGGACCCCAUGGAUGCCUGUGAACAUCACCCAGAAUGGUGCCCGCCAGGAGCAGCGCUUCCGCUACACGUGCCGGGCCCAGCUGCCAGACCCCCACGAGCUGCAGUUUGGGAGGAAGAAAACUGAGAGUCGGUUCUGCCCCAACGAUGGCUCCGCAGUGUGUGACACUGACUCUCUUGUUGAUGACCUCCUCAAGACCGGUAAGACCUCUGCACGGAUUAUCAAUGGGGGCUGGUCCUUUUGGGGGGCCUGGUCUUCCUGCUCCAGGGACUGUGAACUGGGCUUUAGGAUCAGGAAGAGAACAUGCACAAACCCUGAACCUAAAAAUGGUGGCUUGCCCUGUGUGGGGUCAGCGAUGGAGUACCAAGACUGCAAUCCUCACCCCUGCCCAGUGAAAGGCUCGUGGUCUUGCUGGACUCCCUGGUCUCACUGCUCAGCCACCUGUGGGGGUGGGCACUAUCAGCGCACACGGACCUGCACCAACCCGGCUCCGUCCAGCGGGGAGGACAUCUGCAUCGGGCUGCACACCGAGGAGGCCCUCUGCAACACACACCCCUGCCAAGGUGGCUGGUCAGAGUGGUCAGAGUGGAGCCUGUGCAAUGAAGAGGGCAUCCAGUACCGCAGCCGCUACUGCGAGGUGCACAGCCCAGACUCUUCCCAGUGCGUCGGAAACAGCACUCAGUACCAGGACUGCCUGUACAAUGAAAUUCCUGUGAUCCUUCCAGCCUCCAGCAUCGAUGAGAGCACGAACUGUGGAGGUUUUAGUCUCAUCCAUCUGAUUGCCACUGGGGUCUCCUGUUUCUUCGGCUCCAGCCUGUUAACAUUUGUGAUUUACGUGUACUGCCAGCGCUGCCAGAGGCAGUCCCAGGAGUCCACUGUUAUCCACCCAACCACUCCCAACCAUCUCCAUUACAAGGGCAACACAACCCCCAAGAAUGAGAAGUACACCCCUAUGGAGUUCAAGACACUUAACAAGAACAACUUGAUACCGGACGACAGAACCAACUUCUACCCGCUGCAGCAAACCAAUGUGUACACAACAACCUAUUAUCCCAGUACACUGAAUAAAUAUGAUUACAGGCCUGAGGCCUCCCCUGGAAGGACCUUUACCAACAGCUGAUGAUGGACAGACACCAUGGGACUGGAUAACUUCCUAUAUGAUUUUUUUUUUUUAAAUUGAUUUUAUGGACCAAAUACUGGCCCAGCUUCUAGAUGUAAAUAUUGUACAGUAGGGUCUUUUUUUUUUUCCUUUUGUUAAUUGUGUUUCUUGUAAACAGCACAUCUCCUUACAAAGACAAAAAUUCAAAUGGAUCGUUCUGCAGAGCUUUUGUGGAUAUCUGUCUGGAGAUGGCUCUUCUACUGCAACUGUUUAUGGCUGGAAGGUCAGCGUGCUGUCCAAGGCUGAGGCUGUCCAAGGCUGAGGCUAUCCAGGAAGGGGCUGUGUGCUGGGCUGGGUGGCCAUUGAGCAGCCACACACAGCACAUGGGAGCACUCCAAGCACGGCAAGAGGCGGCCUCCUAGAGUAGGCCUGGAUGCAGCCUUCCUGAGCCAGGACAACAGUGGUGCGCUGGAUGACACACAGCUCAUGGGACAGGCCAAACAGGACUCCAUCAUACCAACAACUUGAAGAACAUUUUCUUUUUCCUUUUUUUAUUUUAAUUUUUGAUUUUUUUAUGUUUCUGAGACAAAAAAAAGUAGUAACUUUCUAGGGCAGUGUUCCCUGUAUCUUUGACAGAAUCUUUUCAUAUUACAGAAAAUACUCUCUGCAGCCUUCUUUGGUAAUAAGCAGUUCAGCUGAUGAGAAAUAACACACAAAUGAAGUGCAUUACCCAAAGAAGCUUUCCAGAAUGUUUCCAGUCUUAAUUAAAAGAAAAUUAUACAGGCAGUGAGACACUGAGAAAAGUAAAUGUUGGAAUAACAUUGGAGACAUGAACUUGGAGUGCCUAACAAACAAAGAUGUUUAUAUCACUGGAAAAAGAGAUGUGAUGAUUGCCGCACAAGAGCCAUGGGCUUUUUUUCUUUCUUCCUUUCUCUUUUUUUCCCAAGACAGUGUUAACUCUUUUUGUUCUAGCUUUGAUCCUGAUGGUGUGUGCCAGGAGAGGCAAUUUUAGAGGCCAUGCUCUUCUUGUGGGAAAUCACCAUGCUUUGGGCUAAUAUUUCCUCUUGUUUUAUUAUCGGGUUUUAGUUCAUAUACUUUCAAAAAAGGAGUGAUUCUGACUUUGCAGGGGGAAGACAUUUUUUAAAGGAAUGUUUCCAUAGUCUGACAUGACCCAGAAAGUCUGCUGCACGUUCUUAUAGCGUCUUCCAGUCAGUACUCUAUGAAAUAGUAACACAGCUGAGUAAUGUACAUUGUUUGCCAAUAUUUCUUUAAUUUUUCUGAGAAAAAAACAACCCAACAAACAAAUGCUGCUGCAGCUAUUGAAGUAAAUUGGAGCGGUGGCAUUACUAAACAGUAUAUCCAGCCUUGAAAUGUAUUUUGUGUAUGUGUGUGACUGUGUCUAUAAGAACUGUAUUAGUCUGAUGCAGAAGCCAUGUUGUCUACAACCAGAUGUUUGUCUGACAUAAUUGUUUGGCAAAAAGGAAACUUAUUGCUGGUGCUUAAUGUACAACUACAUCCAGUGUGUUAGCAACGUGAACAAGUUCACCGCUGUUAUCAUUCAGUGUUUCUAAAUAUUUAUGAUGAACUCCUGAUGCUAAGUAUUUUAGAAUGUCGCAGUACUGAGCAUGAGAUAAAAGUACACCCUGAAAUACGCAUGAGCUCCACGUGGUCCUGAGCUUGGCUUUGUUGUCUGCACCUUCCCCGAGCAGUGCCAGUGCCUGGCCCCCGGCUCGGUCUGUUCCCAGCAGUCCUGUCUGUCCCCGCUUGGUUUCAGAUUUCGCUGUGAGCCGGUUGUUUCUCAGUGCUGUUCCUUUGCAGUUGCUUGUUUGGAAGCCCAGCUUGGGCUGUGUACUCAGCUCUUUCACGUAGGCAGCUGGUAGGAAAUGAAGAAAGCCUGUGUUGCUUGUGACAAGUAUAUUGCUUUUCCUGCGAGGAAGAGCCAAUGUGACUCUGCAAGCCUGUGUGUUACGGCGGUUUGACCAGAGGGCAAGUAUAAAAUAGCCUCCCAUUUUAAAAUUACUUUGUUUGACUUCAGUUUGCAGUGACUGAAAGCUGUAGGGAUAUUUGUAAUAAAGUGGGGUUAUUAGCACUGCCACGAGGACACCUUAG